UCCCCUCCCACCUCCUCCUCCUCUCUGCUUUAAUUUUCUCCGAGUUCUCCGAACUCAGGCUUCAGUCCUGGCCUUCCGGGUUUGAGGGCCCUGGGACCGGGCUGUGAUCUCUGCCCCAGUCUCAACCCUCAACUCCCCGACCCAACGCCCGGGAUCCACUUGGGACCUCGGGUCCGGUAGGUCCCGGCUCAUCCUGGGACUGUGUCACUACCACAGUCGUCUAGCCGCCCAGGCCUGAGCCCUGAUGGGGGAGUGAGAGGCCCCAGCUGGCCGGACAUGGGCCUCCCCACCGUGCCUGGCCUGCUGCUGCCCCUGGUGCUCUGGGCUCUGCUGGUGGAUGUGUACCCCACAGGGGUUCAUGGACUGGUCCCUCACCCCGCGGACCGGGAGAAGAGAGAGAGUUUGUGUCCCCAGGGAAAAUACAGCCACCCUCAAAAUAGUUCCAUUUGCUGCACAAAGUGCCACAAAGGCACCUACCUGUACAACGACUGUCCGGACGUGGGGCGGGACACGGACUGCAGGGAGUGUCCCAACGGCACCUACACUGCUUUAGAGAACCAUCUCAGACAAUGUCUGAGCUGCUCCAAGUGCCGGAAGGAGAUGGCCCAGGUGGAGAUUACUCCUUGUGCAGUGGACCGGGACACUGUGUGCGGCUGCAGGAAGAACCAGUACCGACAAUAUUGGAGUGAGACGCAUUUCCGGUGCCUGGACUGCAGCCACUGCCCCAACGGCACGGUGCAUCUCUUCUGCCAGGAGAGACAGGACACUGUCUGCAACUGCCACUUGGGGUUCUUUCUAAGAGAUAACAAGUGUGUCUCCUGUGCUAAGUGUAAGAGCCUAGAGUGUGAGAAGUUAUGUCCAAUCGUAUCUGAAACUCGGAAAUCUCAGGACCCAGGUGAGGCGAAAUAUCCUAGUGCGCAUGCGCACCGGCCCUCUCCGUCUUGCCCCUGCCCCCGUCCAUCCAGCCCUGUCGCCUCCCGCUGCCCUUGCCCUCUGACCGCAGUCAGCUUGUCUCCAGGCACCAUCGUGCUGUUGUCCCUGGUGAUCGUCUUCGGUCUUUGCCUGGCAUCCUUCCUCUUCAUUGGCUUAGUGUGCCGCUACCAACGGUGGAAGCCCAAGCUCUACUCCAUUAUUUGUGGGAAAUCGACACCUGUAGAGGAGGGGGAGCCGGAGCCCCUGGCCCUGAGCCCAAGCUUCAGUCCCCCCACGGGCUCCAGUCCCGUCCCAGACUUCAUUUCCGCCUCUAGUCCCACCUUCACCCACUGUGACUGGUCCAACUUCAGAGUUGCAUCACCCCUCAGAGAGGUGGCCCCGCCCCACCAGGGGGCUGGCGCCAUUCUCUCCCUCCCUGCGCCUCCAGCCUCCACUCCCGUCCCCACUCCUGUUCAGCAGUGGGAGGCCGGCGCCCACAGCGCCCACAGCGCCCCGGCUCAGCUCGCAGACUCCGACCCGAGAACGCUGUAUGCGGUGGUGGACGGCGUGCCCCCAACGCGCUGGAAGGAGUUCAUGCGGCGGCUGGGGCUGAGCGAGCACGAGAUCGAGCGGCUGGAGCUGCAGAACGGGCGCUGCCUGCGCGAGGCACAGUACAGCAUGCUGGCGGCCUGGAGGCGGCGCACCCCGCGGCGCGAGGCCACGCUGGAGCUGCUGGGACGCGUGCUCCGGGACAUGGACCUGCUCGGGUGCCUGGAGGACAUCGAGGAGGCGCUGGGCGGCCCCGCCCCCGGCCUUCCCCGGUGAGGCCACGCCCCGCCUCCUGGGGGCCGCCCCGAGGACGGCUGCUUCCUGCCCCCUGGGCAGCUCGGAAGGACCUUCGAGAUGCCCUCUGGACCCCCUUUUUUCUGGAGAGGAAGGUCUUGGAGGAGCAAGCAUGAUCUAGCAGCCACUCACCUGGUGCUACUCCCUUAGUGUACAUAGCUUUUCUCAGCUCCCGGUCAGGUGUGUGUGUGUGUGUGUGUGUGUGUAAUAUGGGGGAGGGGAGUGUCCUCGUGAGAAAGGCUGGGUUUGUGUGUGUGUGUGUGUGUGUGUGUGUAAUAUGGGGGAGGGGAGUGUCCUCGUGAGAAAGGCUGAGUUGUGUGUGUGUGUAAUAUAGGGUGGGGGGAGAGUGUCCUCGCGAGAAAGGCUGAGUGUGCCAGGAGCCCAAGGCCGUGGUUGCAGGGAAGAGGGGCGCCAUGCCUCAUUGCCCAUUUUGGACUUGGAGAACCCAGCAAGGCUGCUUGGCAGCCCCUUGUUGGUCCCUGAGCCUGUUUCACAGUAGAUAAGCAAUCUUUUUAUCCAGUAUGUACACUAAUAGAAACCUGGCACCCUUUGUCCCCUGCCUGAACAAACACAGAGUAAGAUGAACUGUCCCAAGGCAGGGGAGGCACAGAACCAUGGGGCCUCCUGCCGGGAGCUGUGUUCUUUUGUAAAUACACUAAAACUCUCCAGUUAAA